AGCGAUAGGUAAUUCUGUUGGUCUUUUAUAAACACGUCCACAGGAGAAACUGAAUUCUAAUUCUGUAAGAUCAACUGUCGCAUGUGAAUUUUCAGGUCCAAAAAGAUUUUCUUCUUCGGAGAAUAUAUUUAAAUGUGUGAAAUAUGUAGUGGGGGAAGCUAUUUGCUCCAAAUUGAAUUUACAGUAUAUUGGAAGGAAGGAUACUAUUUGGUGAAGAUGGGGAGAGUGAGAUACACAAGAACUUUCUGGAAUGGAAGAUGGAAGACAGAGGAUCUCGGGUUGCUGACUAUUUUGUGGUGGCGGGAUUAACCGAUAUUUCUAAACCACUUGAGGAAGAAAUUCACUUCAACGAUGCUUGUCAUAAGCUCGCAAAGCCCAAAGAACCAAUCACAGAUGUGGCGGUGAUAAUUAAAUCUCUUGGGGAAGAGGUCCCUCCUGGAUACAAAUGCAUCGAUGUCACUCCGUCAGGACUGUCUGCUGAUCUCAACAAUGGCAGCCUCAUGGGACCCCAGAUAUAUAUGUGCUACAGGAGAGGAAGGGACAAACCCCCACUUACAGAUCUGGGGGUUUUAUACGACGGGAAAGAGAGGUUGAAACAGGGAUGCGAAAUCAUCCAGACCACUCCGUCUGGCCGCCCUGCAAAUAUCAGCAGCGGUGCCUCGUCCCAGAAAGUGUACCUAACGUAUCGGAGAGCUUUGGAGAACAUGACCCAAAACACCUUGGCGGUCACAGACAUCUGCAUCAUUAUCCCAAGCAAGGGGGAAACCCCGCCACACACCUUCUGCAAAGUUGACAAGAAUCUGAACAAUAGUAUGUGGGGAUUAUCUGCCUACUUGUGUUAUAAGAAAUCUGUGGCAAAAACAAACACCAUAUCAUACAAAGCAGGUCUUAUAUGCAGAUAUCCAGAAAAAGACUACGAUUCAUUUUCUCUACCAGAGUCGGUCCCUCUCUUUUGUCUGCCAAUGGGGGCAACAAUUGAAUGCUGGCCCUCCAACAGCAAAUAUCCCCUCCCAGUGUUUUCUACGUUUGUGCUGACUGGAGCCUCAGCUGAAAAGGUCUACGGUGCUGCUAUUCAGUUCUAUGAAACAUACUCUGAGGAAAACCUGACAGAAAAACAGAAGUCUCAACUGGGCUUCAUGGCCAUACCCAGCUCCAAAACCGUUCAGACAAACAAGUGCAUUUGCCUGCUGUCCCGCUGGCCAUUCUUCGAUGCGUUCAAGAAAUUUCUCACUUUUCUUUACCGCUAUUCAAUAUCGGGUCCACACGUCCUUCCUAUUGAGAAGCAUAUUUCCCAUUUUAUGCACAAGGUUCCUUUUCCAUCUCCACAAAGACCAAGGAUUUUAGUUCAGCUAUCACCCCAUGAUAAUCUGAUUCUUAGUCAGCCCAUAUCAUCACCUCUACCGCUGAGUAGCGGAGGGAAGUUUUCUGCUCUUCUGCAGAAUCUGGGACCUGAGAAUGCUGUAAAUCUCCUCGUCUUUGCGGUGACCGAACAUAAAAUCCUCAUCCACUCUUUACGCCCUUCGGUCCUCACCAGCGUAACCGAAGCCCUGGUCUCUAUGAUAUUUCCUUUCCACUGGCCGUGCCCGUACAUUCCACUCUGCCCUCUAGCCCUGGCUGAUGUCCUGAGUGCACCGUGUCCAUUCAUAGUGGGAAUUGAUUCCAGAUAUUUCGAUCUUUAUGACCCUCCACCAGAUGUUAGCUGUGUUGACCUAGAUACAAACACCAUUUCACAGCCAGGAGAUAAGCGAACGAUUGCAUGGAAGAUCUUGCCGAAGAAGUCUUGUAAGAAACUGAUGAGCACUCUAAAUCACUUGUAUCAGCAGCUGGCAGCAUUGCAGCAAAGACCCCGAGACGAUGCUUUAAUGGAGCUGGCUAUGAAUGACUACGAUUUUCAUUCAGGCUCGAAGCUGCAUCUGAUAGAUGUAGAAAUUCAAGAGGCGUUUCUCACUUUUAUGGCUUCGAUCCUAAAAGGUUACAGGUCCUACCUGAGGCCUAUUACGCAAGCCCCUUCGGAAACGGCAACCGAUGCGAGCUCCCUUUUUGAACUGCAAGGAUUCUUGAAAAGCCGUGAUCGUUCACAUCAAAAGUUUUAUACUAUGAUGACUAAGACCCAGAUGUUCAUUCGCUUCAUUGAAGACUGCUCUUUUGUUAGUGAUAAAGAUGCAAGCCUUGCAUUUUUUGAUGACUGUGUAAAUAAAGUGGAUAUAGACAAGACCGGCGACACACGGCUUAUAGAACUCGAUGAGUCCCACAAGAGCGAGCACACCGUCUUCGUAACACCCCCGGAGAUCCCUCAUCUGCCCAACGGAGAGGAACUCCCAUAUCAAUACAGCUACAAUGGAUUUCCGGUACUAAAGCAAAAUUUAUUUGAGCAGCCAGCAGGACUUCUGACAAUACAAAACAGUAAAUUGUCUUCGAAAGUCAGCAGCCCAAACAGUCCUUUGCCAGUGUUCAGAAGAACAAAACAGGAAAUCAAGUCUGCGCACAAGAUAGCCAAGAGAUAUUCCUCCAUCCCCCAGAUGUGGUCCAGGUGUUUGCUGCGCCAUUGCUACGGCCUGUGGUUUAUCUGCCUGCCUGCUUACAUCCGCGUCUGCCAUUCCAAAGUGAGGGCCCUGAGGACGGCCUACGAUGUCUUGCGCAAGAUGCACACAAAAAAAAUAGAGCCACCCGAUGAGGUAUGCUACCGGGUGUUGAUGCAGCUCUGCGGGCAAUACGGUCAGCCUGUCUUAGCCGUGAAAGUCCUUUUCGAGAUGAAGAAAGCCGGCAUCGAUCCUAAUGCCAUUACCUAUGGUUACUACAAUAAGGCUGUUUUGGAAAGCAGUUGGCCGUCGAGCAAUCGGAGUGGCUACUUCCUGUGGACCAAGAUAAGGAAUGUCAUUUUAGGAAUAACCCAGUUUAAAAGAGUUCUAAGGAAGCAGCCUGCAAACGGCAUCCACAAAACUCUUUCUGGGGACCAUUCCGAUCUCUUAUAUAAGUUGUCUAAAGAAGCAGUUAAGCAAGGAAAAACAAACAUCCAGAAGAGCAUUGACCAAAGAGAUGAGAAAAAAGAGAGCGACUCAAGUUCCUUAUCUGAAAUUGAGAGUGGAAAGGGAAGCGGUGACUGCCUCCCCGCGUUGAAUUAUCAAAAUUCCACCUGUGUCAAGCUCGGUUCAAGGAUCGUUCGUGUUAAUGAUACAACUGGCAAAAUAUCAGAUGCAACAGGAGACAGGGCUAUAGAAACCUCUGCAGGAUUGCUCUUCUCUUGUUUUGACAAUAUCAAUAAAACGGGAGUCACUAAGGCUGAAAUGCUGAGAAACAAACAUUUAAAUGCAGCUGAAACGGAACACAAACGGAUCGUUUGGCGCAACAGAAAAUUGAGUGGAGAUGCUCUAAUGGAGCUCAUGAAGAAUCAGAUCAAUCAGGAAGCCAGACCCGAAGAAAUUGUGGAGAAACUGGGCGUGGAUGCCAAAAUCCUUUCUAAAAUGUUUGAGAAAAGAAUGAGGCCGAAGACUCUCAACCUCCGACCAGCUGCUUUGGGACCUGCUCGGAAAAGCAAUUUGGAAAAAGAAUCUAGUGAUGAAGAUGUAGCCUACGAGAACGGUCUCGCGGAUAAGACCGAGUCUCCGGUUAUAUUCGAUUUGGAAGACCUGGAUAACGAACCCAUCCCGCAAGUGAAACCUGCGAAGCCGAUGCAUAAGAAGCCAAAGAAGAUCCAGCGGGCCGUAAGUGUUCCGGUAAAGCCCAUCGAGAAAGUUAAUGUCGAAACUGGGUUUGAUCCGCUCUCCUUGCUGGCCGCUGAGACAGGGCAAGGGAAGGAAGAAAAGGAGGAGGGCGAGGGCGAGGACAAAAGGGCCUCCACCCCAUCGGCAAGGCGCGAUUUAGCCGAAGAGAUCGAGAUGUACAUGAAUAAUAUGAGCAGCCCUUUGACAAGCCGGACCCCCAGCAUCGAUCUGCAAAAGGCCUACAACGACAAGAACCCCAACAAAAAAAGCCCGACCUUAGGCCGGCCGUGCCGAAGAUCCAGCCUCCCGCCAAACUCACCCAGGCCGAUAGUGCUCCCCAAAUCCAAGAGCUACCAGGUGAAAAACGAAAGAGGAAGGGACCGGCUUUGGUCCUCUCCCGUGUUCUCUCCCAACAAUUUGUCGAGGGGACAAUCUCAAGACAUGGCCGGUGCAGUAACGCUCGCCUCUCCGACCUCCUUCAACCUGGACACGCUCCUGACCCCGACUUUCGAUGUCCUGAAGAGCAGCAUGUUUUCUGCAGGGAAAGGGGUGGCGGAGAAGGCCAGCAGGUGGUAUUCGAAGUUCGCCACCUACACGGCAGCAUCGAAGGAUCAAAACUCGGACCGAGCGAGCUUGUCGUCCCUCGGGGCUCUGGAUUCAGAAUCUGCCUCGCUAACCGAUGAAGACAUGUGCAACGAUCUGGAAAGCAGCUCUUCUCCUCGGGACGAUGCGUCGUCAGCUUUCAAGGGCAUCGGCCUGAGCUCCACCAGCCUCGAAAGUGCCGCUUCUCACAACGGCUCCUCGAAACGUUCCUCGCACUGCGGCUCCGUUUCAAAAUCCGAGGUGGUUUCCUCUUGCAGCCCAAGCAGCACCAGCGUCUUCCAGAAUUACGCCUUGGAGGUCCUGAUCUCAAGCUGCUCCCGAUGUCGAACCUGCGACUGCUUGGUUCAUGACGAAGAGAUCAUGGCAGGCUGGACGGCGGAUGACUCCAACCUGAACACGACCUGCCCCUUCUGUGGAAAUCUCUUCUUGCCUUUCUUGAAUAUUGAAUUCCGAGAUCUCCGGGGACCUGGAAGGUACUUCCUGAAGUCCAGUCCUUCUUCGGAAACUAUCCAGCUUCCAUCCUCUUUGAUGAACCAGGCCAACAAAACUUGCAUUGCUGAUCCCCUUUCAGGGUUUACUACAACUUUAAUUCCAGCUCAAAAUGAUGUGGUUUCAGAAAGCAGCUGCAAGAUGAAACAUUUGGACUUCUGUGCCAAGAGCAUCCAGAUCCCUUCUCAGCGAAGGCAUCCCUCAACCAAAGAGGAACCGCUUGGCCAACCCCUGUCAAGAAGCGUCAGUGCAUACAGUUCUUUAGAGAUAGAUGAAGUGGGAGUCCAUCCCCACAACCGUGUGGUGCCCACAGGGAGCUUGCCUACAACUUUCCAGCAGAGAACGGAGUCUGUGCAGCUGGAGUGGCAUCUGCCUAGCCCGGAGCCCAUCACCGUUCCUUAUCUAAGUCCUCUCGUUGUCUGGAAAGAGCUUGAGAGCUUAUUGGAAAAUGAAGGAGAUCACGUGAUCACAGUGGCAGAGUUUGUGGAUCAUCAUCCUAUCGUCUUCUGGAACCUGGUCUGGUAUUUCCGGCGGCUGGACUUACCCAGUAGCUUGCCUGGAUUGAUCCUGUCCUCUGAACACUGCAAUAAAAAUUCCAAGAUACCCAGAAACUGUAUUUUGGAGAACAGCAAGCACGUUCUGAUUCAGAUGUUGUGGGACAAUAUGAAACUGCACAAAGAUCCAGGACAGCCUCUUUAUAUUCUGUGGAACGCCCAGACCCAGAAAUACCCAGUGGUUCGUUUACUGCAAAAGGACGACAGUUUCUUUAACCAGGAGCUCCUAAGAAGCAUGGUCAAGAGUAUUAAAAUGAAUGAUGUCUAUGGACCAAUGAGCCAGAUCCUAGAGAGGCUGAACAAAGGACCGCAGAUCAAAAGGCACAGGAGUCUUUAUAGAGAGAUACUAUUUCUCUCUCUUGUUGCUCUUGGAAGAGAUAAUAUCGAUAUAGAUGCUUUCGACAGAGAAUACAAGAUGGCUUAUGAUCGUCUCACCGCCAAUCAGGUCAAGAACACCCACAACUGUGAUCGGCCGCCUAGUACCGGCGUGAUGGAGUGUCGAAAGACAUUUGGGGAGCCGUACCUUUAGAUGGAACCAGGGCGUGUCACGAGGUGCUUCGUGGGUGAACAACAGGAGCCGCUGCAGACUCUCCUCCUCCUCCACUGAGAAAAAGCACCUGGGCCUUUGUCUAGAGGAGAAUUUCUGCAGGGAACACAAUCCCGGGAUUACGAAAGACCCCUGGGACUCCAGCAGGGGUUUCUCUCUCUCUUCAUCUUGACGCAGAGAUGAGCCACGUGGCGCAAAAUCUGGAGCCUUUUGCGGCAGAAAAGGGCAAAUCAGGGUGGACCAGAAACAUGCAGGGAAGGGAGCAUGCAUCAAAAUAAGCUUUUGAAAUAAACUGUUUGCAGAGAAGGUGCGAAAAGUGACAGAAAGCAGGCCAGAGUUAUAUUAUAACAGAAUUUUAAAUUAUUUAUAGCAAGUUCAUAUUUUUUUAACUUUUUAAAUUCCAAGAGUGAACUGAGGGACUUUGUUGCUUAAGGGAUACUUUUCAGAAUAUUGCUGUGUAUAGCAACAAGUCUGGGUUUUUGUUUUUUUUGCUUUUUCCUUCCCUUUUUUCUAAAGAAGCACUUCUUUCAUUUUUGCUUUUUUUUUAAUGUAAUACAGAACUUUCAGUACUCUAUUUCCUAUUCCGUAAAAUCUAUAUUUACCUAGAUAGUUUUAGCUGACAGGUAUUGCUGACCGAGUAAUAGGAAGCUUUGGUAAGAUUUGUCACUGUUUGAAAAUUGAAACUGACGUCGCUUUCCAUCAGUCCCACAGAGCUGAGUUUCUCCAAUAUUUUUCUGUAAAAGAUCUGGUUGAAUAUUAGAAGCUACCACAGAUCAUUGCAAAGAACAUUACGACCACAAUUGGGACCAGAAUUUCUAUCGCUCAGCGAAGCAAUUGUUAAGCAGGUCACAACCUUUUUGCCAUGGUUGUUAAGCAAAUCACUGCCAUUGUUAAAUCAAAUUAAUCCAGCUUUCCCCACUGACUGGCUGGGAAGGUCACAAGUAGCGAUCGUAUGAUUCCAGGACAUUUGCAACCAUCGUAAAUACAUGCCAAACAUUCAAAUUUUAACCACAUACCGUACUUUUCAGAGUAUAAGACGCACCUUUCCCCCCCAAAACUCAGGGUGAAAAUCUGGGUCCAUCUUAUACUCUGAAUGUAGCCCCGCCCAGCUUCUCAAUGGAGGUUUCAGAGGCUGAAAGAAGCCUCUGAAAGAAGCUUCAGAAAGAAAGCCUCUGAAAGGCUUUUAUCUAAAAUAAUAUGGCAAGCAACAAAAGAAGAAUCAGUAAAGAUUCUAACCAAACUAUGCUAAUAAAUCUGGAGAAUGACACAAUAACCAACAGAUUGGAAGAGGUUAAUCAAUAUACCAAUACCAAAGAAAGGAGAUUGAACAGAGUACAGAUAGUCCUUCAGAAUAAAAGCCUCUGAAAGAAGCUUCAGGAAAAAAAAGUCUUUUUUUCUGAAGCUCUGUUUCGGAGGCUUUCAGAGACAGGAAACAGAGUUUCAGAAGUUUCAGAGGCAGGAAAAAAAGCAAGGCACAGAGCUCACAGCCAAGGAACCUGUUGCUAAAAUUCAUCUCUGGGAACAGCUGAUUGGGGGUAUUCCAGGAGGCUGAUCCACCCACCAAUCAGCUUUUUUUCUUAUUUUCCUCCCCCAAAAACUAAGGUGCAUCUUAUACUCCGAAAAAUACGGUAAUGGGUGCCGUGAUGGUUAUAAGUGCCGGGUUCGGUUGCAAGUCACGUUUUUUUAAGCGCUGUUGUAACUUUGAACCAUCGCUUGAAGGAAUGGUUGUAAGUCGAGGACUAUCUGUAUAUUCAAGUGAGGAGCUGAGCAUUUGGAAGGCUGCAAAUAUUCAGGCAGAAUUGCGUCUUUUCACUUUCCCUUGUUCAUGUCCGUGCUUCUAAGAACCGGAGGAUUCAGCUUCCCAUAUCUCAAACUGGCAUAUUGAUGGAGAAUUAGGUGUCUGUAAAAGGAACUCUCUGCCAGAGGUUCAGGGUGCUUCAAAUUCAGAUCCUGCGCACUGCCAAAGAUGCUUUGGAGGGUUUAGGAACAUGGGAAUAGCAUCUGGAAGCAGUUGUGUCUUCCCUGUGUUGGGCAUGAGUGAUCCUUGAAAAAGACACGGUUGAUUUCCAAAAUAUUAUUCUUAUGGUUUCAUCUUUCUUAUUAUCCAACUCAGGAGUCUCCAAACUUGGCAACUUUAAGAUUUGUUGAGUUCAAAUCCCAGAAUUCCCCAGCCAGCAUAAGCACAAACUGGCUGGGGAAUUCUGGGAGUUAAAGUCCACAAGUCUUAAAAGUUGCCAAGUUUCGAGACCCCAGAUCUAAUAUAAAGGCAGAUUUUAUCAGAUUCAAGCCUGUGUUAAUAACGGUGGGAUGAAGGUGUAUGCUUAAUCCAGGAAAAAAUACUUUUAUAAAAAUCUGAAGUCAAAGUGUGACUUGGUGGACA